GCGGACGCGAGGGACGCGAGGGACGCGGGUGCCGCCGCCCCGGGACCUCCGUGUGCGCGGCCGCGGGGCUUAGCGCUGUGGUAGUACCGGAGCGCGCGGCCGGUGCGAUUCCCGGCGUGCCUUGCGCGGGGAGGCGGGGCAGGGCGGAUCGGGACGGCGGUGGCGGCGACUCUCCCAAGGUGACUGGAACGGGUGCGGGUGGCCAGCUGUGCCCUGCACCUUCUGGCAGUGGCCCCGCUCAACCACUACUGUCAUCAUGAAUAUGCAUCAGAUUCUGCGACUUUCUUCCAUUUUGCGCUCUGCUAUUUCCAUUCAGUUGCGCAGAAACAUAGGAUUCUCUGCCGUUGUCUUUAAUAAGGCAAAAGAGCUUGAUCCAGUUCAGAAGCUCUUCGUAGACAAGAUCAGAGAGUACACCACAAAGAGCAAGCAAGCUGGAGGGCCUGUUGAUGCAGGCCCCGAGUUUCAGAAAGACAUGAAUGAGUCCCUUGCUAGACUUCAACGGGCGUAUGGUGAGGGAGAUCUAACCAAGUUUCCAGAAUUUAAAUUUGAGGAGCCCAAUUUUGAGGAGACUCCAAAAUGAUCUCUGCAGCUCGUACACCAAAUAGCAGCGUACAUCCAUGGAGCUGCUGAACAUAGCACCAGUUGUAACUUAAUAAAUGCAGUAUUUCAGUUUGA